AUGUCGACGCACAAUUUACUCAUGGAGUUCCCAUUUUUCGACAUCAACGGCACAGGCAGCAGAUUUGGUGAUUUCCUCACUCUCCAACACCGCACUACCGACCCGGAUGCCGUCCACCGCCUAAUUUUCAGAGGCACUGCCGCCGGAUGGCACCAAGAAGUGGAUGCCACUGAGGUGCAAGCGACACGGCUCUGCAAAGUGCCCACCAAUUUACCGACAUGUUUUGAGACAGAGUAUGUGGCGCCUUUGCGAAUGCCCUUUAGUUUCAGCUCAUGCACCUAG